AUGGAUUUUCAAAGUGUCAAUCUUCUAAAUGUGCAAAUAAACAUAUUCUCGGGCAAUUUGUUCCCAAUGACAGCCGAUGAUUCACGAUUUUCGAUUGGCUGGAAAAUAUAUAGCAUUAUUACAUGGUCAAUUAAUAUAAGCAUGAACAUUUUGUUCUUCUUUGGAUUUACUAAGGUGUCAAAGGAAAAAGUUAUAAGUGAUGGCAUGAUUGGCAUCGUAAUCCUUGUAGAAGUGUGCUUCAUUUUUACGCGAAUUUAUGCGUGUAGAGAUCUUGUCGUGCAAUUCAUCAAAAAGAUAAACGACAUUCUCCGCGUCCAGGACGAGACUAUGAAGUGUAUCGUGAUGGCAACUUUAAAACUGAUGCACUCUCCGCUUAAAUUCUACUGGAUGAGCAGCAUGAUAACCGUGACAAUGUGGACAGGCAUGCCACUCAUAAUGAUCUUUAAAAAGAAUUCCUUCUUUUAUGAAGAUUACAGAUUGCCGUUCGUUAUCACCGAACAGCCCUUUUCGAUGAAAAUCUUUGCGCUAGGAAGUCUAUGUCAGAUGCUCAGUAGCAUAAUCAUUAUUAUGAAGAAAGCAGCUGCGGAUAUCUACAUGAUGCAUCUGGUACUAUUAAUGACAGCGCAAUAUCGAUAUGUUGCGGUAAAGUUAAGGAAAGUAUUUCAGAAAAAAAAUUUACAAGAAGGCAAAAUACAUUCUCGAAAGAAACUUUCUUCUGGAAAAAUAGAUUCAUGGACAGAGAGAGAGAUGAAGUCAAUAUACUCGCAUCAGUCUACGAUAAUGGAAUUAUCAUUAAUAUUAAAGAAGUUUUUAUCCUUAAAUUUUAGUUUAAUUUAUAUAAGUACUAUUUUGCGAUUUUCUUUCAUCGGUGUCAUACUGACAAGUAAUGUAAGCACGAAAAUAACAGAUAUGGCAUUUCACGAAAAAUGGUAUCAAUUUGGAUCAUCGAUAAAACGUUCAUUUAUAUUGAUGAUAUUAAGUAACAAUCUAAAGUGUGAAAUUGCUUUAAUUAAAAGGUUCAAUCUCUCGUUACCAUCAUUUAUGACAGUUAUAAAGCAAGCAUACUCAAUUACUCUUUUGUGUUUGAAAAUAAUUAAAAAAUGACAGGAAGAUACACUGCAAAUAUGUUAAAUAAGAUAAGCUUUAUAUUGCAGGUAAGAAAAUAAUAAUCAAUAAGUUGAAAAUAUUAUAACUUUUCAAAUGUCAUAGAAAUUUAAUGUUUGUUUCAAUAAAAAAGAAUAUCAAAUA